AUGAUUAGAGGAAAACGAACUUUUAAUGCUGCAUUUGAUAGAGAUCAGGAUAUCAUUGUUGAUUAUUUCCGACAACAUUUGGAUAAAGUGCUAGAUUCAUCUAUUGCUGAGAAGCUGUUAUUACCAAAUGAUGUGUUCAGUGAACCUAAACGUAUCGUUCUGGACAUUGGAACAGGUUUUCUUCAUCGGCGAUAUGAACUUAGUGGUAAUAUACCGAAAUUAGAGGACAUAAAACACUUCGGACUAAAUUCGAAAUUAGUCAAAAAUUUUGAAAUUAUUAAUGGAAAGCCAAUCACUUGUGAGCAACUGUCGUUGUACGGUAUUAUCGGCAAAUAUAUCGAUCUUUGCGCUGCAGAAUUGAAAUUUAAUUACACACCUUUAUAUUGCCUGCAUGCUCUCAAUCACAUUAUACGUUCACGAAACUUGAUAAUAGAAAACAAACAGUUUCUGCAGAAUUGUCGCGAAAAGGGAGCACUUACUGAAGAUGACAUUGAAAAUACUCGAGAUCAAGGAUUAUCUCGUCCCAAAGUCCUUAUAAUUUGUCCAAUGAAAAAAGAUGCUUUCACAGUUAUAGAAACUUUUCGAAUCCUAGUUUUUGGAGAUUCGGAAAAGCCGUUUGUUUCUAACUAUCGCCGUUUCAAGACGGAAUUUGGUGAUACAGGGUUCAGAAUAUCGGAAAAACGAAAAGUUUCAGAUGAAUAUAGAAAUCUGAUGAGCGGAAAUAUUGAUGAUUGUUUUCGGAUUGGUGUUGCAGUCGCAAAAAAGAGUCUAAAACUUUAUACGGCUUUUGAUGAUUCCGAUAUUUUGAUUGCUUCACCGUUGGGUUUGCGAAUGAUUGUUGGUGAAAAUAAUGAAGAUGGUGACAAAGGGGAAACUGAUUUUUUAGCUUCAAUAGAAAUUUUGAUUAUUGACAAGGCAGAUUUGUUACUAAUGCAAAACUGGGAGCAUUUGCUGAAUGUCUUGAGCAGUCUGCAUAAGCGGCCGAAAAAACUCGCAGUUGAUAUAUCACGAGUUCGUUCGUGGUGCCUUGAACAGUAUUCUAAACUUUACAGACACACUAUAAUGAUAUCAGAAGAACGUCAUGCGGAAUGCGAUGCUGUUUUCGCUUUUUAUUGUCACAAUUUUGCUGGGUUAUUUAAAUUGCUUCCACCAAAUGAAGGUCUGCUGGAUAAGAUAGAAAUUCAUUACUGUCAAGAAUUGCAGCAAAUCGAAGUUGACAGAGCCGAAGAUCAAUCUGAUGCUCGAUUUAAAUUUUUUAAGGAAAACGUUUUGCCCAAAUGUGAGUUUGGUGCUGCUGUUUUCAUCCCUUCGUAUUUCGACUUCGUAAGAAUUAGAAAUUAUCUUAAAAAUGAGAACGAAAGCUUCGUCCAACUUCAUGAAUAUGCGAAAGAAGGAAAAGUAGCAAAAGCUCGUGCUCUAUUUUACAAGAAGGAAAAGAAAAUUAUGCUGAUAACUGAAAGGUUUCAUUUCUACCGGCGAUAUAAUAUCAAGGGCAUUAAAUCGCUUAUUUUUUAUCAACCACCGGCGCAGUCCAGAUUCUAUUAUGAAAUUAUUAAUCAAGUGAAUGAAGAUUGUGCACAUGUUCGCGUGCUGUAUACAAAAUUUGAUCUUGUUCGCAUGGCUAACAUAUUUGGUGAUCGCUGCAUGCAGAAAAUAAUGUCAUCUGGAAAAUCUAUGCAUGCUUUGAUCAGUAAGUGA